GCUGCCCGCAUGCUGGGCCGGGGGCGCCGCCGGGGCUCGCGGCCCGGGCCGCACGGACGCCGCUGCCCCGCGCGCCCGCGAUGUCGGUGCACUACACCCUCAACCUGCGCGUCUUCUGGCCCCUGGUGACCGGCCUCUGCACGGCCCUGGUGUGCCUGUACCAUGUCCUCCGGGGAAGCGGGGGCGCCCGCGCGCAGCCCCCCGACGGCGCGGACGGCGGCUUCCCGCUGCUCAAGGUGGCCGUGCUGCUCCUCCUCGGCUACGUCCUCCUGCGCUGUCGCCACGCCGUCCGGCAGCGCUUCCUGCCGGGCGCUCCUCGCCUGGGGAGCCACUCCACCUUCUCGCCGAGGCACUUCCGAGAGCCGAGCCUGGGCAUCUUGCUGGAGAGCUACUACGAGCACGAGGUGCGCCUGUCCCCGCACGUGCUGGGCCACAGCAAGGCGCACGUGAGCCGGAUCGUGGGCGAGCUGGUGCGCGCUGGCCGCGCCCGGGGGUCCCCGGGCCCCAUCCCCGGCGGGGCGCUGGCGCUGGCCUUCCGCGGAGACUUCAUCCAGGUGGGCAGCGCCUACGAGCAGCAUAAAAUCCGGCGGCCCGACGGUUUCGACGUGCUGGUGCCGCUGCGUCUGCCGCCGCCGGUGGCGCUGGAGCCGCGGAGCCUGGGCGCGGAGGCGGCGCUCGCCCCGGCCUUUCUCGGCUGCUUCGUGUGCGCGCUCAAGGCGCCGCCGGGGGCCCCCGCGAGCCGGUGGCUCCGGGACUGCAGGCCCUUCGCCGACGGCUUCUGCGUGGACGUGCUCGGGCGGCGGCACCUCUCCGCCUCGCUGGUGCUGCGCUGGUUCCAGGCGCACCUGCAGCGCUCCCUGGCCACCGUGCGCUACAGCCUGGAGGGGCGUUGUCGGGUCAGCCUGACCCCCGGCGGCCUGGAGCAGCCUCCCACCCUGCACAUCCUGCCUUGCCGCACCGACUACGGCUGCUGCCGCCUCUCCAUGGCAGUGCGUCUCAUCCCCGCUGUGCACGUGGGCGAUGGCGUUUUCCUGGUGGCGCCACCACCGUCACCGUCCCCCUCGCUCGUCGGGCCCCUGCCGGAGCUCCCGGGAGGCCUGCGCACGGACGCGCUGUGGGGCGUGAACACCGCUCGCCAGGAGCAGAAGCUGCUGAGCUGGCUGCAGGAACGGGCCCCUCCAGGUGCCUGCUACCUCAAGUGCCUGCAGCUGCUUAAAGCCCUGCGAGAUCUGGGCGCCCGCGGGCUGGACCCGACGGCCGCCACCCAGUGGGGACGCAUCCUGUCCUCGUAUGUGCUCAAGACGGCGCUGCUGGCGGUGCUGCUGCGUGAGGGGGCUCCGGGUCAAGGCUGGGACGAGGCACACCUGUGCGAGCGGUUGGGCGAAUUAGUACAGUUCCUCCGGGACUGCCUGCUGCGGCGCCACACGCUCUUCCACUGCGUCCUGGGCCCUGGAGGGGCAGCUGCCGAGGUCGGCCCGCUGCCCAAGGUGCUGCGGGAAGCUGCCCCCGUCGACCUCCUGGCGGCGUUCGACAGGCACGCCCGGGAACUUGCGGCGGCGCGAUUGCUGUCCACAUGGCGAAGGCUGCCCCAGCUUCUCCGGGUCUACGGGGGUCCUCGCUACCUGGACAUGUGCCCUCAACCCGGGAGUCAGCGCACGCAAGGGUUCCCUGAAGAUCAGCCCUAAAUCUGGACAGUGCGCCGCCAGGCCUAAUGCUCCUAUAGCCUCUCCCACCCCGUAGGGUGGGGAGGGCGAUGAAGCCAGUUUAAUGCAAGGAAAUGAGGUGCCAAGGGUGUUGGAAAAUUCGGAGGGUGACAUUUGGGGGCUUAAAUGUCACCCCGGGCUCUGCAAUCCAGUCUAGUUAUGGCGUCUUCUUCACACCCACCAGCGUGUCCUGAGCAAGCUACAGAAAGACCUCAAACACCAGCAGGGAAGAGUUGGUUCAAAAUGUUGGUUUGUGUGGAAUGAUUCCGUAGAAGGAUCCAGCUUCUAGGGAAGCCCAAUAAAGGAAGCAAGAACUAGCUACAGAGAAAGUUCCUUUGUCAGGUUUCGAGACCCAGAUCUCUGCCCCCACCCCCCAAAGAAGCUAAUGGGUUUUUUUGUUGUUGUUGUUCUAACUGCCUGCUAUAUUUUGGGUUCCUGAUUGUCUUUUAAAAAAUCUGAAUCUUUGUCUACAACUGGAAUUUAAGUUCUAUUCUAGGGGCUCAUAUUGUGAGGAACAGUUUCCACUAUUCACAUUGAUAUUAAUGUGUUUCUUAAACGGUGCAAUCAGGGCUGCUUGACAGGAUUGCAAAGAAUUAAGUCACAGGUGUUGAGAGGCAGUGAAGAGUUGGUUAGAGAAACUUCCAGAGCAGAUAGCACUUUAUUUUGAUCAGUCCUUUCAUUUUGUGGUAAUUGCCAGGGCCAAGUGUUGCAUCCCAAAGGGAGACCAGUUACGUUUGUUAUUAAGAAAUGUGCAGUCUUAAAAAGCAGGCUUGCUUAACCUGCCUGCAGGCACACACUGGGAUAUGUACCAGUCAACACCCAUUCGUAGCAGAAGAGCUCACGGGGAGCCAGGUGGGGUGCAAAGUAGCAAAAGAGAACAUGUUUAGGACAACACUGGCCAGGACUCAAAACAUGGUGGGUUUUGAGAAAGAUGCAUAUCAGUGUUUGCCUAUCAAGGUGACUCAUCAGAGCCUGCUGCUGGCUGGAGACAGAUACGGUGUUGUUUGAAGCCUUUUGAACAAACUCUUCUGCAUGGAAAUUUCUUUCUGCGCUUCAUGAGAUAAUGAGGAAAUGCCUGCUGUAGUGCCUGGCAUGGAGUUAGCUCUCUCGGCCACUGCUCAGUGAUGGUGAGUGGUUACCACAUUUCUCUCCCAUUGCCCUCGGCAGCCUGUGAGCGAUCCUAAGGCCAGCUCGGAGGAGCGACUGAUUCAGCCCAGGUCUUGUAAGGCAUUUCCCAUAGAACUCAGGAUCUUGGGCUCCAUGCUCUCUGACCAUCCGGUCAGCAGUCAGUCAAGGAGAGCGAGUGAGGGGGAGGAGGGGAGCGGUGACAGCUCUUGCCAGCAGUGUGCUGGUUUUUUUCUCUUUGGACAUACAUAUCCCCAACUCAGCUUAGGUUUAGGUUCAGAGUAGUCCAUCAUCUGCUUGCCUAAUAGAAAAUGCAACCACUCCCACCCAGUGUUAGACUUUGAGACUUUAAAAAAAUCUUUUUUGGCAAAGACAUGUAUUUCCUUAGACUCUUAAAGGUAAAACUUGGAAGACAGAAGUAGCCACCUGGAUAGGGCCAUGGUUUAACUUCUGAGUUAUUUUGAGGGAAUUCUUUAAACUUUCUUUCGGGGAUCUACCUGGCCACUGCAGGAAACCAUUGGGAAUAAAUGAUUUGCAGGGAAUCCUUACGAGGGCUGCAGAGACUUCUUACAUCCUUUGCAACCUUGGACUGUAAAAGAAACCGUUGCAAAUGUCAUGCCUUCUCUUUGAGGUUGUUCUGAGGACAGUUCCUCUUGAUAUCCUAAAGGUCAUUCCCAGCUUUUAAGGUCAGCGGUAGGUCAUAAGGUACAGAGUUCAAGCAAAGGGAUCGGUCUACCAGCUUCUGCAAAGAUAUAAACUGCAUGGUGUUUCUUAAAAUUACUUUUUAAAACAUGAGAAGAGUAAGUAGAUCUUUAUAUACAUAUAUAUAAAUAUAUAUUUAUAAUGUUUUCAUAUCAGCCACAGUUCCCCAUGUAGUCAUUAAGUCUACUGAAGUGGGAGCAGCAAGGCUAUUGGAGGAAUUAUAAAGCUUUAAAAGCUGAACUUUCCAAAUGUCUCCAGCUCAGCUGAUAGGUUCCUUUUUUUUUUUUUUUUUUUUAAAUCUUACUCAUCUUUUGAAGUUUAAAUCUGGUAACAUUCUGUUCUUGUAGUGGUUUUGUUAUGUUUUUUCAGGUUAAUUACCCAAAGCCUCAUCCAUCCUCAAGAAUUUAAAAUUUUAUUAUUAUGUUUUAAUUAGUGGGGCAUUGUGUUUGUGAAUUUUUAAAAUAUUAAUGUCUUAUUUAAGGGCCAUGCUGAGCGAUUGUUCUCUGUACAUGGCAACCAAAACUCAGAGAUUUCGAUCAAUUUUGAUCAAUGUUUAGCGAUCCCAAACAUGUACUGUGUACAAAUGAAAUAAUAAGGCGUAUUAGCCAGGUGUGAUGGCUGCCCCGAGGCACUUAAACUAAGCUAAAUUCUGUAUUUUAUCAGGGCUCCAUCACAUCCUUGAUCUGAAAUGUACACAUUUUUGGUGUAUACUUGGUACUAGGAGAUUCAUGUAUGCAAAUAUUCUUAUUCAAGAAACUGCAAAAUUGCUCAUGUUAAAAAAAAAAAAAAGAUUAAUUGCCCAGCCAGUGCCCGAAGAAAAGUUUUGGGGAGGACGACUCAGCCCUUUUGCCCCAAGACACCCUUCCAUUAUUCCCACUGACCAACCAGUCUUGGGAGUCAUCUUGGAAGGCUCGUGGGCUGAGAAAAGAUGUUUUUUUGCAACAGGAGAUGGAAGAAGCUAUAAGAAGGGAGAUUAGGAACAAGCGAACCAAAAGAAAUCUGAAGAAUUCAGGAGGGAGGCCUUCAGAGGGAAGCGAGGGAAGAGAUAAAGGAAAGGAGAGCCCAGGAGUGGAAAUCACAUGUGGGUGCAAGAGGUUUGGGUAGGAAAGGCAUCUUUAGGUAUGUGCUAUUUCAAAGCAGGGGUCGCAAACUCAGCAGCCUGCAGAAGCAAGGCAGGGAGAUCCUUAUGGGAAGGGGUGGGUGGGUGGUGGGGACUGUGCCCAUUCUUAAGUGGGGCAGCCAUUCAGUGUUCAGCUCUGUGCUGGGAAAAGGGGAGGGAGAGAGGGACCAGAAAUCAGGAUUUCUUUCUUUCUUUUUUUUUUUUUAAUGAAACUUACUCAUUUUUAAACAAACUAAUGUUAAAUUGUCCCAAACGCCACAUGGGCCAAAUAGAACAGUUACUUGAGCCUGGCGCCACCAGUUUGCGACCCCUGCCAUAUACAGUUGACCCUCCAAGUAUGUCUAAAGUUAUAUUUAUUGUUAUGGUGAUGUUGUUAUACAUAGUUGGGGGUGUGAUAUUUCAAGUCCUUAUUGCUCAGAGCUAAGCUUUAUUGUAGAAACAAACCAAAAAAAAAAAAAAAUUAACAAGGCCACAGAUAACACUUAACUCACAAUUCCCAGAAGGACCCUCGAUUCUGGAGCUGUUCUUGUCCAGCCACAUCCUCCAAGCAAACCACUGGGGGCUGAUUCUUGGCAUUUCCUUCCUGAUGAGUUGAGGCUCAACUCCUCUGGCUCUGUCCGAGUUCACAGAUGAGUAAUCAGGAAGGAUUGCAGAAUAACUUAUUUCUUUUUUAUUUGUAUUAUUUGUUCUUAUUUUUAAAUUAUUAUUAUUUUUUUUAGUAGUAUCCCAAGCUGUGGCUUAGCGGUGAUAGUUGGUGGCCGUGGACCCCAGGAAACCAGUGCUGGGUCUUCAGGCCAACCUUCUUGGGCUUGCUACCAUUCCCACUGCCAAGAACACUGUUUUGAUCAGAUGUUUCCACCCCUUUCUGGGAUGGCUCCCACCAAAACUGACAUCCUAGCGUUCCAAAGGAAUUAACCUAACCUGCUUCCAUAGCAUUUCUUUUACCCCCAUUAACAUUUCCAGUGAGCCUUGAGAGGGAAGGAAGUUCAGUGUUAUCAUCUUGGUGUUUGUUAAUUUUUUUUUUUUAAAUCUCAUGUCUAUUACUUAGACACUACUGUUUAUUUUCUUUUAUACCUACAUAGCACAUGAUUUGAUGGGAAUUUAGCAAGUAUAAGGUGGGAGAGGGCGAAGAUAAUAUGCAAUCAUCUAUACAGUGUUAAUAGACUAAAAAACUUAUGUGUAAUCUGGUUUUUAAAGUGUCAGAUAUUCAGGAAUAUUUUUAGCACCUUUUGCUUUAAAAAAAAAUGUGCCUUGACUCAGUGACUUGACUUUAAAACAUUCCUCUUAUUUUAUUGUUAUUUUAAAUGUGUACUCUGACCCCCAGCUGUGUAUUAUGAAGCAGUCUGUCGGCUGCAGUCAUAGUAUAUGGUUUGUUCCAAUAACAGAGACCAAAGGGUUAAUCAGAUAUGAUCCCGCUGCUACAGUCGUGUGAUUACAACGAGUUUUAGAUCACACCAAAUUUCCAUGGCCCGCACAGUUGAGGCCAGACAUUUGUUUUCUAUUUCAGGUUGGAGUAAAUUUGCACUUUUAAUCUUUUGGGUCUUUGGAGGGGCCUUGUUCUUUGAUACUUUGCUUUGUUAAUAAAGGAACUUGUAGAAAUC